UAAACCGCUGUUAUGCGUACACAUGUUUCUAAUUCUUAAUGACGAAGAUUUUUGUCAUUUGCAAUAUUUUUUUCAAAGUAAAUUCAUCACUUCAAAUGAAUGUGAAAAAAUCAAAAGUUCUCUAACAUCAUAAUAUAAAUUCCUAUGUUUGAAUAUUCGACGUCUUCUUUUAUUAAUACAAAGGGUAAAAACGGUAUCAAUUCUUUCGCCCAUUUUUUUUCAUUGUCAUUUUUGUCUUGAUUGUUUUUGGUAGAAUUACCGCUAAACCCUUUCGAUCAAACGAAAACUGUUUAACAGUUCGAUGAUGUGGCGUGACAAUAUAUAGAGGCUGUCUUGAUUUUAACCGUUUCAAUUCGGUCAUUUGCGGUUGCACUUCGAACUAACUGUCAAAAUCAACGGUUAACGAAGGCAUAGUGGAACAUUUCGUUUGCAACCAAUGAUCGUACAAUAUUUUAAUCAUUCAAACUGUUCGGAGGAUUUUUGAGAAAAUUCUGUUUUUCGUUAAUUAUUCAAAGUUAAAAACAUCAAUCAUAGGAGAUAAAUACGAAAACUACACCCGAUAGAUUUAGCAGUCAGCUCGUUUAUUGGCAUAUUUCGUUCAGUUGCGAAAUAUUGCGUGUUAUUUAACACGAAUCAAUCUGCUCUGUAUGUUGUGCAACAAGACAGCUAACAUCAAACAUUCGACACAAUCUUGAGCCGCUGAGUCAGCAUUUCAUUGUCGGAGCAAAACUUGGACUACACUAGUGUGUGCGACAUCAUUCGUUUUCCCUGCAUCGUAAAACUACACCAAACCAAAAUGGAUCCACGAAAUGUCGAAGGAAAACUGGCAGAACAAAUGAACGAACCACAGCAAACCAUGGACACUGAACAACCACCGCAAAUCUUCAAACUGAACGUCGAUUGCUUUGAAAAGGUGUUUGAAUAUCUAUCUAUCAAAGAUCUUCACACUUUUGGACAAACAUGCAAACGAAUGCAACGGGUUACCGGCCACUUUUAUCGGCAACAAUUUCCCAAAAAUCAUAUCAGCCAUAACAAAUAUGUUGGUUUUCAUGAAUAUGCCGGGACCCUAUCAUUGAUAGCCAGCGGCCCUACUGAUGAACUAAAUUUGACCAACAUUGAUUGGGAUAUAUUCAAAUCAGCCAAGAGAAUCGAUUUCCUUGGAGUUAAUUUGGACCAAAUCAAAAUGAUGCCCAUGGAAUUCUUAAACCAAAUCGAAGAUAUUGUCUUGUUUUUUUGUAAAGUAAAUGAAUCGUUUUAUGAAAGUGUUCUUAAGCAAUUCACGAACGUAAAAGUCCUACAAAUUGUAUGCAGUGAAUUUGAUUAUGAAUGGGUCACUCGAAAAUACCCGAAACUGCAGCAUUUCACAUGGUUUGCUAGCAAGCGCGCAACUGCUGUCAAAUUGCGAUCGUUUUUGCAGCAAAACUCUACUAUUCGUUCGUUAUCAACGAAAUUAAGUUGGCUUUUGCCGAAUGAAACUGAAAUGAUGGAACUCAAAUUGGACGACUUGUGCAUUUCCACGACUUUGCUACAACAGAAUGACUCCGAUUUCCUGAAUAAGCUGCAUGCCAACGGCGUAUACAAACGAUUACAUAUUAACACCAGAGAUAAUCAAACGUUUGUCGACGGAUUGAGCUCAUUGAAGUCCCUCGUUAGAUUUACUGUAAUGAAAAUUGGAGGAAUGGUCGAUUUGUCAUCACUGGUAAACUUAAAAGUGCUAAAAUUCUCAACAAUGAGAAUCGGAAAUUGCAUAAACAUUGCAAACAAACCGGCACUUGCGCAGAGCCUUGAAAAUCUCAAUGAGGUGCAUUUUAAUGCGGCCGGUAUCGAUGACAUUUUACCGUUUGUACACCUGUCGCCAAAAUUGAAGAAGAUCGGCGUCAUCCUUAAAUUGGGCGAAAAUCCAAACCAAGCCAUCGAUCCAGUUGCGAUGAACCGUGAACGUGAAAAGUUGUUGACCAAAACGUUGUAUGUUAGCAAAGUGACGAUUUACAUCCCUCAAUCAAAUUACCUGGCAACAAAGUGGAAAACAACGGAAAUCGACUUAAAGCUGAUCGAAAUUAAACGAGUUGAAUCGAUCGAUACAUUCGAACUAAUGGUCUUCUGAUGUCAUGAUCAUUUUUGAACAACGUGUGAUUAUAUAAGAUUACAACUAAAAUACCUAUUUUUUCUAAUAUAAAAAAACACUCAAUGAAAGUGAAUAAAGCAAACCGAAUUUAUGUUCCAGUUGU